CGCGGCCAAACAUGCUACGCUGUUGCAGUCCGCUGCCACCAUCUCCAUCUACUAAUCUACGAAACCAACAAUGAGUGAAACACCGCCAAAACCAAAACCAGGCUCACUGCGCGACAGGAUCGCCGCGUUCGAGAAUGCUAACAAGAGUGCAGCGCCUGCCUCUGGGCCUGCACCGCGCCCAAAGCCCUCGACCCUCCAAUCGUGGAAACCAAAGGUACCUUCACCACCUCAGUCGCCAGAAUCUGAGCGUAAGACUGCGGGGAUGUCUGCAUCAGACGCGAUGGAAAGCAUCGGCAGAGGCGGAAGUCUCAAGGAACGCAUGGCUGCUCUCCAGGGCAAGGGUGCGUUUGGCGGCGGCACCCCGCCCCCGAUCCUCCCCAAACCUGCAGACAAACCAAGGUGGAAACCACCGCCGCAAGUAUCAGCUCCUGAAGAUCAGGUUCCUUCACAAGACGAGGCGAUUGAUGCCCAAGGGUCCUCUCCCCCUGCUACGGGUGAUCCUGAUCCUACCGACCUAAAAGGCGAACAUGAGGCUCAGCAGGAUGCCGCUGAGAUUGAACAAGAUCCGGAGGAAGAAGAGAGGCAGCGCCGUGCUGCGAUCGCUGCUCGCAUGGCUCGUCUUGGUGGUGCACGUGUUGGCAUGGGCCCGCCUCUGUUUGCCAACAAACCAGCUCCCAAGAAGCCAGUAACCCCUCCACCUCAGCCUAGGCAGGACGAGGAAGUGACCCUUGAAGACUCAGAGGUGACUCCACCUCCUGCGGAGGCUAUAAGCCCUCCCGCUGAUGUCAGGGAAGAGGCGCAGACUGAUCCAGAUUUCUUCCCCGCCCCUACACACAAGGACUCCGACUCUUCCUCGCUCUCCUUCUCAGAUUCCCCAUCCAAUGCAGCAACUCCCCGCUCAAUGCCAGUACCCGCCGGUCCACGUCGCGCAGCUCCCCCGCGCAAGAAGGCGUACAAGUCCCCUCCGGCAUCCCAGCUCCCAGAGGUUCCUGUGCCUGCUGCGGCAGCAGAAGCUUCUGAAGAGGCCCCGGACUCUGAAUCCAUAGAAGAACCCACGGCUACUACUGAACCUGAACUAGAGCCAGAGGCCAGACCAUCUGUUGUAAUGGUGAUAUCACAAGAAGUGGUCGAAAGUCCAGAACAAGUCCCAGCCCCAUCCGCAGAGCAGAUCCUCGUCAUCUGUGACGUACAGAAGGAAAUUGGUGAAGUAGGCGUGAGUGUCGAGCUUGACACAGCCCAGGUGGACCCCACAGACAAGCUCGAGCAGGAACAUUGCCGUGUCGAUGCCGAUGAGCCUGCUCAACAAGACCAGGAGGAAGAAGAGCAGGAAUAUGAAGAGCGUGAGCAGAAGGAAGAAGACGAAGCAGAAGAAGAAGAGGCUCGUAGGCAACGCGUGGCUGCUAAGAUGGGCGCGUUUAACCCAUUUUCGGGACCUCCGCCUGUAUCCUACCAGGAUUCCAUACCCUCUACUGCUAGACGUGACUCAAUCACCAUUCAGCCUGUCUCGGUAGAAGAACCUCUCGACGUUGAUGAAGCAACCCCCUCUCCCCCUGCUGCCUAUGUUUCGCCCCAGUCCCACGUCGAGGAAGAACUAGAACAAGCCGAAGAAGCAGGAGAAGUAGACGAGCCCGCUUCUCGUGCUGCCGAGUUCGACCAUGGAUCUCAGCCUGACUUGGGGACAACUCGUCGCGUGCUAUAUCACGAUGAGAUGGACGAACAAGAACGAUAUGAUGGUUCGGAUCAGCUUUUGAAUGAACCCGAAGAUUGGGAGCCUGCAUCACAGUCGCACACUCUAGAUACUCUACCACCGGCAAAUCCUAUCUCGCAAGAAUACCAACCCGGCCAGGGUGAUCCGAAUCAACCAGGUACAAGUACCGAGGACGAGGAGGCCGUAUUUACAGAUGCUGUUGACUCAGCACCAGAUAAUACACCCGAGUUUCUUCAAGUUGUACCGGAAAUAAUCCCAGACCAACACCAGGACGACGACGAGAUGCCCCCUGCUCGUAUCACACGUUCAGUUCCACCCCCACCUGUCAAUUUUUCAUCGAAGCCUUCGAUUACACCAUCAUCCCCACCGCCACCUCCCAAACUGCCGUAUGCGCUCCAAGCUGACGAAGAAAGGCCCGAGUCGCCUGCACCGCGACCUGUGCCUCCCCCUGUGAAGAGUGUUAAAGCCGCUGAGGGGCCACCUGCCACACCCCCUCGCGUCGCUCGGCGUACCAGUGCCAGUGUCAGGUCUGCGAAUAUGGAAGAGGAGCCACCUUCUCCACCCCCUCGUGUCGCUCGGCGUACAAGCGCAAGUGUCAGGUCUGCGGAUAUGGAAGAGGAGCCGCCUUCCCCACCCCCUCGUGUCGCUCGGCGUACGAGUGCAAGCGUCAGGUCUGCGGAUAUGGAAGAGGAGCCGCCUUCCCCACCCCCUCGUGUCGCUCGGCGUACCAGUGCAAGUGUUAGGUCUGUGGAUAUGGAAGAGGAGCCACCUUCCCCACCUUCCCGCAUCGCUCGGCGUAUCAGUGCAAGUGUCAGGUCUGUGAAUGUGGAGGAGCCACCUUCUCCACCCCCCCGCAUUGCUCGGCGUACGAGUGCAAGCGUGAAGUCUGUGGAUAUAGAGGCUCCACCUACACCACCCCCUGUGCCGACCUCUCCUCGCCCUUUGGUGCGCAGACCGACUUCUCCACCAAUAAUCACCACACUUCCGCUUGUUGUUCCUGUGACGACGAACGAGGAGGAUCCUGAGCAAGAGUUCUCAGAUGGUGAGACACCCUCUCAGCCUCAGCGAGCUCAGGAGCCUGAAGAAGAGGAUGAGGAUUCUGUGCGUAAACGGACCAUUGCAGAGCGCAUGGCGCGUUUGGGCGGGAUCCGGUUUGGUGCACCACCAGUCCCUACGCCGCUUAGUCGACCUACUUUUCCUCGUGCACCUCCCCCGACAUCUAUCCCUCCUGAUGAACCUGAAGUUGAUGCUAAGGAAUCCGAGGAAAGAGACGAGACAGUAGAAGAUGAGGCUGCGAGGAAGCAGCGGAUCGCUGCAAAACUUGCAGGUAUGGGUGGCAUGCGAUUUGGGAUGUUGCCGCAUGGUGCGGGUGUAGCACCUGCCACUGCUCGACGACUUGCACCGAAGCAGGAUGACAGUGAGAGUGAGGACGCAGCGCUUCCUGUACCUGCACCCGCACGUCGGCCAUUGCCACCUGUUGAGGUCGAUCCGGAGCAGGAAUCCCGCCAGACAUGGUCGGAAGACGACGUGCGUGUUGAAAUGGAGGAGAGCGAGGUCGAGGAGGCGUAUUAUUCAGAUGCGGAUGUUAGAGAGCCGGUUGAGGAAGAGGGCCCGCCCUUGCCUCCGCCCCGACGGUCGUUGAAUUCUGCAGAGGUACUUCCGACCCCUCCUCCGCGUUCGCCCCCUCCUGUUGGAAGACCUCCAAUUCCAUCCAUCCCUGCUGCUCUACUUAACCGUCGCUCUAGUGUUGCGACGGGAUCGUCUUCUAGAAAGUCCUCGGUUGACUACUCCAGUGCGACUGAAACUCCCGUACAGAAGCAGCAAAUACACACAGCCUUACCCUUGGAAAGGGACUCAUCAGAUUCUGGUACCCCAUCAGAGUAUGUGAUGGUGGAACCUGAACCAGAGACUGAGGAAGAGCCUAUUGUGCCUCCACGUCGCCGCUCCAGUCGCGCCCCUCCUCGCUCGUUCCCUCCGCCUCCGCCUCCAUCCGCCAUCGAACCUCCUGAACAGAUUACAAGCACUACUCAGUGGGAGCUCCCGUCGAUCCCCCAGGCUACAUCUGAAUUUGGAGAUGAAACGGACCUAGCUUCAUCCAGAUUCUCAGAAGACUCGACGUUCCAUGGAUCCACUUCACCAAUGCGUCAAUCCGACUCUCGCCGUACCUCAGGGCAGACUGCUCGUCCCGUUGACCAGCAGCUCAGCGCAGACGACCUCAUGGUGCUCUGGGGCAAAAUUGGAGUGCAGGUGGUGGAGUCUGCGACGGGGUUGUUCGAAAAAUCUAAACGCUCGCUUGUUGGCGACGGUUCGUACGCGGGAUUUGUAAAGGCUGUUUUGGCACAAGUUCCCGAUGCGCAACGCGCCUCAGGGGAGGGUGAGGAUUGGGGAUACACGAUCUACGUGCAAAGUGCCGGCUCGGUGCAGCGCCGCGUUGCUGAUAUCCUGCCUGGUGACGUGAUCGCCUUUUGGGAUGCGAAGCUCAAGGGCCACAAGGGGCUUCACACGUAUAGCCAAACUGUUGGCGUAGGGGAGAACGGUCCGCUUGUAGGUGUGGUGAGUGAGGUGGAGAGUAAAAAAAGCAAAGUUCGCAUAUGGCAAGCGAAUCAGCAUGUCGGUCAGCAGACUGUGGAGAAUGUGAGUUAUAGGUUGGAGGAUCUGAAGAGUGGGGUUGUUAAGGUGUUUCGUGUCAUGGCCCAAGUAUGAGCAAUUUUGUAUGUACGGAUUUUGAAGGUGGAUCGUGUAAUACUUUGGAUUUCAUUUAUAUUUGGAACUGUAUAAUUCCAUGUGGACUCUCAUCUAGGUAUUCCGUGCACGCACAACAUUAAUACAAGUUGUUGAAUCAAUUUACGCUAA